CCCUAAAAUAGUUUCGUGCAAAUCAAAAGCGGUUCACGUUUCUGUGAAUCUUAACCCUCUCCCGUCCACUUCGCUUCCACGUUUCCGAGCUCCUGUUCUUCGGUUGCUUACAACCCUUACGUGUUUGCAGUAAAGCGAACGAUAUUUCUCGAGUUUUUCCUGUAGAAAAAUGAUCGAAGAAGCAAAGCAUGCCGUGAAGAAAGAAGAGGAAGACGACCUCGACGGUCCCAUUUCUGCUAUCAGUCGCAAAUCCUUGAAGAAGAUGGAACCGAUAUUCAAGGAUCGGUUAGACGACGACGACGAUGUUCCGCUUGCUUUUUCUACGACGAAGAAGAAUAAGCCCUCCAAUUAUUCCAAGAUGAAGAAAGAAGAGCCCGAAGAUGAUGAAGACGAAAAGCCAUUGAAGAAGAUGGAAGGUCUGAAGAAAAGGUUAUCUGAUUCACCUAAGGUUAAGAAGGAAGAGCGCGAAGAUGAUGACGACGAAAUGCCUCUGAAGAAAAAAGCAGUUUUGAAGAACGUUUCUAAACCUAAAAUUGUGAAAAAAGAAGCUCUUAUGGAUUCUGAAAAAGAAGAUGAAGGCAAUAAGAAGAGUAGAAAGAGGAAAAGGACGGAAGAAAAGAGGACCGUGGUGAAGUCGAGAAAAGUUGAAGCUUCCAAAGAGAAGUUUAGGAAUGAUAAGAAAGAAAAGAAAGCGUAUGAACUUCCAGGUCAGAAGCACGACCCGCCAGAGUUGAGAGAUCCACUGAGGAUUUUCUAUGAAACCCUUUACGAGAAAGUGCCUACAAGCGAAAUGGCUGCAAUAUGCGCACUUCAUCAACGUGCAGAAGCCAAGGAUAUUGAGACCCUUCUCCAGAUCCGACAGGGAGAGAAUGAAACCCUACGGGCUUACAUCACUGACUUCCAGAAGAAAAUGCUGGAGGUAAAGAACCCGGAGCCUCAUCGCUUGGACCGCCCUGAAGCAGGAAAUCCACAACAAGGGAUUCUGAUACAACCAGAUCUACUCAAACCAAAGACUUUCGGGGAGGUCUUGGAAUUGGCUAACAACCACAUUGAUGCUGAGGAAGACCCUAUGGACUUUUCGAAAACUAAACCAGGGUCAUUUGGUCGUCUGUUUUAG